AUGGCAACCACAGAGCCCAGCACAUUAGAAAAUGCGCUUGCACUUCUUUGUAUUACUAUGGUGUCAUUAUUCGGAUUUACCGGCAACGGCUUAUCAAUUUUUAUCACAACUACAAAUUCACAUUUUCAAAAUGCCUAUGGCACUCUGCGUACUAUAGUUUUGCUGUGUAAUAUGCAAACAAUAUUAGUUAUACUAAUAUGGAGCGCUGUUGUUCUAUUAACGAAUUUCCGUGAACUAUCAUCACCGACAUAUUUCACCGCCUUAAUACCCGGAUGUUUGGCAAAUGCGUCUUUUUAUGGAGCAAUAUUGGUGAAUUUGUUAAUUGCAGCGAAUAGAUACUGCGCAUUUGCAUAUCCUCUGAACUAUCACUUUUAUUGGACCGUACCGAAAGCUCGCUGUGCGGGAAUUAUUGUCUAUUUCUUCGGGUUUCUACCGUGUUUGCCUAGCAUUUUCGAACCGUGCACCCUUAUUUUUAAUGCGGAGUUGGAUUUCCGUUGGAGCUACAGCAACACGGGUUGCGGUGACAUAAAUUCGAUAUUCGACACAGUGUUCGCCAGUUCAAUGAUGAUCAUAGCGGCAUGCAUCGACUUCAUGACCCUUUUGUGGAUUAGAAGUCACAGUAAAUCGUGUAUCAGUGGACUAGCGAUGAUUACAUCUGCUCUUGUCUUUAAUAUUGGUCAAUAUUAUCUGACAAAUAAAUGGGCGUUAUUUGCUGUCACGACAAUUAAUUGGGUAACAGUGCAUGUAUUGGAUGGGUGA